CUUGUGAAUCAUUCCAUACAAACUUUAAACGAUUCAUUGAGAUAAACAGCAUUAGGAUGUCAUCAUUGUACCUUGUGAACGAGCACGUUGGCGAUCGCUCGAGAAUGGAGGACUUCAGAAUUGAAGGGUACUCCCCUCUGACUUCCCCGGAACUUUUACAACACGAGUUCCCUCUUGGAGACGAGAACAGGGAGGUGAUUCGAAAGGCGAGAAACGAAGCUGCGGACAUCCUCAACGGCAAGGACGAUAGACUCAUCAUUGUGUGUGGUCCGUGCUCCCUCCACGACCCUAAGGCAGCCUACGAGUACUGCGAUAAGCUCGUUGCUCUUGCAGAUGAGUUGAAAGGCGAGCUCUUGAUCAUCAUGAGAGCGUACUUGGAGAAGCCAAGAACCACUGUCGGCUGGAAAGGUCUGAUCAAUGACCCGGAUAUCGAUAACUCCUUCCAGAUCAACAAGGGUCUGCGUCUCUCCAGAGAGAUGUUUGUCAACCUCACUAAGAAGAUGCCAAUUGCAGGUGAGAUGCUCGAUACCAUUUCCCCACAGUUCCUUUCCGAUUUGUUCUCCCUCGGCGCCAUAGGUGCAAGAACAACAGAGUCACAACUUCACAGAGAGUUGGCAUCUGGCCUGUCCUUCCCUGUUGGCUUCAAGAACGGUACUGACGGUUCUCUCGGCGUUGCCAUUGACGCCAUGAGAGCCGCACAACAUUCUCAUCACUUCUUGAGCGUUACCAAGCCAGGUAUCGUGAGCAUCGUUGCAACCACUGGUAAUGAAGAUACCUUUGUCAUUCUCAGAGGUGGAAAGUCUGGAACCAACUUUGACGAAGAGUCUGUGACGAGGUCACAAGCUGAAUUGGAGGCUAAGGGAAUCACUCAAAAGCCAAGAAUCAUGGUUGACUGUUCUCAUGGUAACUCCAACAAGGAUCAUAGAAACCAGCCAAAGGUUGCAAAAGUGGUCGCAGACCAAAUUGCAAAGGGCUCAAAGUCCAUCUGUGGGUUGAUGAUUGAAAGUAACCUCGUUGAAGGAAGACAGGAUGUUCCAGCUACUGGUAAGAAGGACCUCAUCUACGGCUGUUCCAUUACAGAUGCAUGUAUCGAUAUCGACACUACUGCUACAGUCCUCAGACAACUCUCUGAUGCAGUCAAGGCAAGAAGAGCCCUGUAAGUAGUUAGGUUGUUACCAUUGGUCCUUUUUAUUGUUAUAUACAUAUAUAUAUAUCAAUCGUGCGGUUAAACAUCACUCCCAUUGAAACCGUGGAAGAUCAUA